GUGAGAGCGGACUGUUUGGGCUGCAGCGCGCGUCUUUCAGUGUUAGCGCGCAGCUCUCCAAACCUCCCAGACCCACUAACAUCUCCGAGCGGGCACACCACUCUCUCCACCCGCUCCUUCUCCUCUCCAAGCGUGUACGGAACCAUCUUCACCCGGUCCUUGUCCUCUCCGAGCGGGCACACCACUCUCUCCACCCGCUCCUUCUCUGUAAGCCGAGCAGAGCACCGGGGUAUACAGCCACGGUCGGUUACCUUACCCGCUCCUCUUUCAUCCCCGCGCAGCCAGUCAUGUCGGAGACCGUUGGAACCAGGCGUGAGGACCACAGCCCAAAACACAAACACCGUUCCUCCCAGUGGUCACAUUGCAGAAAGAGAGGCGUUGAUGGGCACCUGAGGGCCCCCAGAAUGGAUAACUCCAGUGAGCAUGCUAGCAGCCGCUGCACACACAGCAGCCAGAGACAGUUGGUCAAGAGACCGGACAGCUUCACCACUCCGGAAAGCACAGGCCCAGUGUCUCGCUGUCCUCCCAGUGACUGGGGCAGUAUGGUGGAGGACAGUGAGAGGGACCAACAGAGGGACAUGCAGCGGUACAGGCGCAGGAUACUGGGCUCGGAAACCACCCACAGAGAGAGAAAAGCUUCCUCUGGCUCUUCAGGAAGCUGUGACUCCAGAGAAGGUGAGAACAUGGAGACGGAUGAGGCAGUCUUGCUUCGCAGGCAAAAGCAGAUAAACUAUGGCAAAAACACACUGGCCUAUGACCGCUACAUCAAGGAGGUUCCCAAACACCUACGGCAGCCUGGAGUGCAUCCAAGGACACCAAACAAGUUUCGGAAGUACAGCCGGCGCUCCUGGGACCAACAGAUCAAACUGUGGAGGGUUAAGUUGCACAUGUGGGACCCCCCGAAUACAGAGGGCCAGCAGCAAGUCCUGGAUGACAUUACUGAUAUGGCACUGGACGAUGUGGUGGACAUUGAACUGGACUUCCCAUCCCUGUCAGAACCCUGGCAGACCUCAGCCUCCACUGCUCCACACAGCUGCUCUGUCCAGGAGGACGAGUGUGAGGGUACUCCAGUGAAGCUGCACAGAGCAGACUCAGACACAGCCUAAGGGAAAUCAGCGCUUUUACUUUCAUUUUUACUCAACUGUUGAACACAGAUGACUGUUUAUAUGAUUGCCUUUUAUUCACUACCGAAUUUAAGUUUAAUAUUCUCAGUGAAAUUGUUCUGGUUUGCUUCGGUCCAACUUUUGACAGUUUUAAUAUUUGACCAUUAAUUUCCAUGUGUUUGUGUUAUAUUUUUUAAAAACUAUUUGUAGAAACACUAAUAAAAUAUUAGUGUUUUGUCUUAAUGCUGAAGACUUACUAAAUAAAAAAUUCCUCUG